CUGAACAGGAAUGCUACGUGUUGUUUUUGAAUAUGUGAAGCUACUUGUAAUCUUCUCAGUUCACUGAACUGGUGUCGUCUUCAUCCUUUAGUCGUUUAUUGUCUUUUAUAUUCUCGUCAGCGGACCUUUUUUGGGCAGCUCGCGAGCGGAGUUAAACGACACAAUGCACUCCGUGAAGGUCGGCUAUGUGGCUUCGGCUGUGUCGCGAGCUCUCUGCUCGAGCGGAAUAAACCACCGUGAGUUUGUCAAAGUGUCGGCUUGCUGUCGUGUCCGUUGCUCCGUUAGUCAGAUUCGUUAUUGUCGAACAGCAGCCGCGCCGAAGGAGGAGACGGUUAUCCGUGUCCCGCGCUCCAUGCAGCGGCGCGUCGACAACGUGAAACAGACUCGAGGCCAACAUAAAAUCAACACCAUCAAAGCUGGAAAACUCCUGAUCCAGAGCAAGCACCCGGAUCUGAACCAAUCCGCGGCGUACACUCAUGGGAAGUUCGAGGAGCUGACUCUUUGCACGCAGGGCUGGAAGCACAACAAAUCAUUCGGUGACUAUUUCAGCAUCAACAACGUGAAGACUGUUGCGCCUUUUGUUGCCGAGCACGCCGACGAGGGCGUUGAACAGAAAGCGCCCGUGACUUUUCACAACCUGCGCAUCUGCAAGCCGCUGGUGGAAGCUUUGGACCACAUCAACAUCACCCGUCCCACCACCGUACAGCUGCAGACCAUCCCGAAGGUCAUGAAAGGUCACAACGUCCUCUGCGCCGCGGAGACGGGCAGCGGCAAGACGCUGAGUUACCUCCUGCCUCUCGUCCACCGGCUGCACGGCGAUAAGGAGUCGGACGUGUACGCCGGGAGCGCGCAAAAGAUCCGCGCCGUCGUCCUGGUGCCUUCCCGAGAGCUCGCCGAGCAAGUGGCGGCCGUGUCCCGGGCGCUGUGCGCCCCGCUGGGCUUAAAGACGAGCAGUGUGGGUGGGGGGCGCGGCGUGGGACACAUCAAAAUGGUCUUCAAGAGGGAUCAUCCGGAUGUCUUGGUGGCCACGCCGGGCGCUUUGACCAAGGCCCUGCGGAGACGCUGCCUGGACUUGAGCGAGCUGAGCUUCUUCGUGGUCGACGAGGCGGACACCAUGUUCGACCCCAGCUUCUCCGACAUGCUGGAGGACAUCCUGCUCCACGCCAACAUCGCCAGGGACCCCAAGGAGACGAGAGGCCCCGGGCACAAGGCCCAGCUGCUGGUGGUGGGCGCCACCUUCCCGGGGGGCGUCGGCGAAGUGCUCAGCCAGGUGACGGACCUCGGCAGCCUGGUGGUGAUCAAGAGCAAGAUGCUGCACCACCUCAUGCCGCACGUCAAACAGUCGUUCCUGAAGGUGAGGGGAGCCGACAAGAUCCUGGAGCUCAACCAGGCCCUGAAGCUGCUCCAACAGAAGAAAGGCGGCGGCGCCACGUUGGUGUUCUGCAACAAGUCCACCACGGUCAACUGGCUGGGCUACUCGCUGGACGAGAUGGGCGUGCGGCACGCGCGUCUCCAAGGGGAGAUGCCGGCCGUCGUGCGCGCCGGCAUCUUCCGGUCGUUCCAGAAGGGCGGCCAGGCGGACGUGUUGGUGUGCACGGACAUCGCGUCGCGCGGCCUGGACACGUCCAGGGUGAGCUUGGUCGUCAACUACGACGCCCCGGAGUCGCACACGGACUACAUCCACAGGGCGGGCAGAGUGGGAAGGGCGGGCGGGGUGGAGGGCGGGGAGGUGCUCAGCUUCAUCACUCACCCGUGGGACGUGGAGCUCGUGCAGAAGAUCGAGACUGCGGCACGUCGGAGAACGAGUCUACCGGGGAUGGAAUCGGAGAUACAUGAGCCGAAACCCAAAGAAGUCGAGUUGGAGGAAGAGGAGUAGACGGUCAAAGCGUUGGUGACGUGUGUGUGUGUGCAUUUAGUGUGUGUGUUGGGAUGACUCUGAAUGUACAGAAACUGUGAGCAAUAUUUGUUAACUGAAUUACAGUGGGCUGUUUUUCCUUCACGUUGACCUAAAAAUAUUUUUAAAAAAAUGUGCUUUCAAACAUUCUCAUUGAGGAUCAUUUGAAAGGGAGAUUAAAGUGAGAGUAAAUGUUUUUUGUUUUGCCCGAGACUGCUCGGUUCUUGUGUAAGCUAUUAAUUGUAAUACUUUAAAAAGCGCUACCGUAAAGCAUUGUUUACGACUCCCUAUGUGCGCUUUGUCGCAAUGUUUUUAUAGCCCAUCUUUCCUUGUGGAAAUGUUAGUGCAAAUGAAUCUCCUCGCAAGUUGCUUAUUUAGACUGAAUAUACUUGCAGUAUUCUUGUUGAAAAAAGCUUGGAUUUCAAAGUAAUAUCCAUUUACUCUUUUUCUCUUUCUAUUGAGCAACAUGAGAGUGAUCUUUGAACAAUCAACUCGCCAUUUUCUCGGUCAAAAAAACAUGAUUUUCUCCCAAAUACUGAAAAACUAAAUUGACCGGGUUGUGACUAUGAAGUAGUUCUCAGUGAAUAUGUGGAACAAUUAAUGUGAUUACUAGAAAUCUUGUUAUUUAAGGAGCCGUUUGCUUCUUCACCACGUCAAGCAUCGUACACAGAACGGUAUUGAAAUAUGUCACCAACAAAGCAUGUCAAAAUACAUCAUAUUUGGUCUGAUCUGUCUCCUAAAACUUUCAAGACUUGUAACAAAAAUGUCAAUAAAAAUAUUGAUAUUGUCA